CCUAACUUCGUUCUUAUUAUACGCCAUUCAAAGAUACUUUAAAAUUUUGUAUUUGUGCAUAUGAAAUUGGAAACCGGGUUGGAUUAGAUCGUAUGAAACACAAGAAUAAAAGAGUUUCAGAUACGUUUGUUUCAAAUACAGCAGUGGUUUUUAUUCAGAAACACAAAGGAAAGAAAAUGAAUAAACUUUAUUCGUUGGUUCGCAAAAGCGUUAUUCGUCACUAUGCGGAUAUUCGCAAAGCUGGUACUGAAUUGGUUUUCAAUAAAGAAGCGUACAUGACUAAUUUGAACAAGGCUAAGGCAAUGGAAGAAAAAAAUGCAGAAUACUUUUUUCCUUUCUUUAAAAAGAGCCUUUUCUAUGAUGAUCGCAUUGCAAUUAAGGAUUCAAGUGGCAUAUAUUCAUAUGCGACAAUGUUUGUGACAGCGCGAAAAAUCGGAUGUCAGAUUUCAAAUGUUUGUGGUAGCGCAUCAUCCUCGCAUGUAGGAUAUAUAUGCACAAAUAAUGUGCUCUGCCCCCUGAUGCAAUGGGCUUGUUGGCUGUCGGGCCAGAUUGCAAUACCGUUUGAUACAACAUUCCCUACAGCGUUGAUAAAUCACAUCGCUGGAACUACAAAGAUCAAAAUGAUGAUGGCAUCUAUAGAAUUUGAAAAGGUUGCUCGUGAAGUUGCAGAAAAACAUGAUAUAGUUCUACUAUUGCUUGAGCCCACAGUCAUGGCAACUCCGGACGAGGUUAACGAAAGUUUGAGAAAAUUGUUUAUCAAUAUUGGAGAUAUGACAUUUAUCGACGGUGCGAUCAAUAACGAUUUCUAUAUUGAUAAGACGGCAUUGAUUCAAUACGUUAUAAAUUAUGAUAAAACCCCACUUCCGUUGAGAUAUACUCACAGGGACUUGCAUGAGCAGAUCAAGUUCUAUGUAAAAACAUACGACUAUUGCAGUGAUGAUACCUUAUUGAGUGUUGUUCCACAUACGAAUUGGCAUAUAAAUCUCGAUGGUAUGAGUGUAUUCAGCGAAGGCGGUAAAGUUAUUUUUCACGAUGAAUCAAACCUGCUCACGCUUUGGGAGGAACUAAUUGGCAUUAAUGGGUCUGAUAAACUAAACGCUAACAUACUUCUUGCAGAUUCAUCAACGUAUACACUCUUGAUAAAUACUUUCGCCAAAGUGUUCAUGCAUGAUACAAUUAUUCGUGACUAUAUAAGUAGCUACUGUUCAACCAAGUACAGAUUGAUGAUAGCAGACUUUAGCAAGCUCUCUAAAGAAAUACAUAAAAAUUGGAAGACAAUUACAAAUAGUAAAUUGUAUGAACGUUUCAUCGAAAUAGAAAAUCUGCAUUUAGUUGAUUUGGACACGAAAGCGUCCCAAGGACUUGACGAAGCAUUCACAGUUGCUCAAGCCUUAGGUAGAACCUGCAAAUCAUCGGAGUCAAUGGAAAAUCUAUACAAGAAACUACUAAAAUAUAUGCUGCAUUUAGAAUAUGAAGAAGAAAGUGAAAGUGGCGAAAAGAGUAGUGACAGCAAACGCAGUAAUUUUAUGAUUAUCUAUAAGGAAAUGCUUGUCGUUUUUGGAGGUGAGACAAGCUUAUUGGAACCGUUUAAAGAAAAUAUCUUUGCUAUGGUCAUGAAUGCGGUUGUAAUUCGUUUAAUACCGCAUAUUGAAAAUAUUGCUUUUUUCAAAAUGCCCUCUGUAGAGGGUCAACAAAAACACGUAACUGUGCUUUGUAUACCGAAAAGUAAGCAACGAUUCAAUUAUGAUUCAUUUGAGGAUUGGCUAUCAAAAGUAUUGCCUUCUUAUAAAAAACAUUUUGUUAUAAAAAUCGUAGAGAAAAUACCAGAUGAUCUCAGUCUAUCAAAUGAGUUUAAUCUGGAAGAUGAUUUAAAAGAAUAAGUAAUUCCAUUUUAUUUUUCCCUCAAUUACAUUAUAUUAUAUUCGAUUUGGAGUGGGUCUAUAUACAACAACAACAGUGUGUACCUCAUGCAUGUUCAUUGGUUUAGUUAAUUUAAUGAACACGUUACUCAAUAAUAAAACAUCACUAAUUCAUUCACUAAUUCUCAUUGGGAUAUAUUAUUUGGACUCUGUUUGAAUUAAUAUUCUGGCAGCGGCUAAAUUAUUGCGAUUGCAAAAUUUUACUAGAAGUAGCAUUGGAGCACAAGUUACGUCUAACCAAUACGAAAAAUGUAGAUAAUGCAUCUUAUAGACUGUUUCUAAUGGAUAAGUAAAAUAACAGACAAACUAUUUGAGGCUAGCAACAAAAUGUGACAUAUAUCCAUAUCCAUAGGUACAAAUAUAACUGACGCAAGACAUCAGUAAUAACUAACAAUAAACAAUACUUACUAGGAACCGGUCGGUCUACUGGACAUAUAAUUUUUCGCAUUACAAUAUGAAACGUAUUUAUAGGCCCAUCAAUCGACUAAUAUAAAAUAAUAUGAGGGAAAUUAUUACAAAAUUUAUUGAUGUAUUGAA